AUGGCUGACAAAUCAAGUACCAAUGAUGGUGAUAGUUUAGUUACUAAUGGCCACAUACUGUCACAGCGAGGCAGCAAGAAGGCUUAUAAUAAGUGUAAAAAGAAGAAUGUAGCUCCAUCCAUAAGAUGGAAGAAUUUUGGUGUCGCAAGACAAGCUGAUGACGAGCAACAAGCAUCUUUAAUACUAGAUAAAAUGAGUCAUUUGAAGAAAUUCAGUUCUAACGAAGGCGAUGAUGAAAAUUUAUUUGUCCAAUGGGCCGAUGACAUUACAGAUACCUUAUCUGGGCUAUGGUGCACUGGAAUCUUCUUAAAGCUUCUCAUAAGCUCUGCAUUAUCUGGACGGGCUAAGGAGUGGUUUGAUUCAACCUUAGAAGGCAUUGAUGACAAUGUGGUAAACGCUUAUACUUUGGAGAAGUUUCUUGCCUUACUAUCCGAAGAAUUUGAUGGAGCAAAACUUUUGAGAAGAGAAAGGUUCACGAAAUUAUUGAGGUUGCCCAUCGAUUCUGAAAAGUCAUUGGAAACGUUUUCUUAUAUAUCGGAACAUCUAACGCCAUACUAUCUAUCGACUAGCGCAGCAUUGGAUUUGUUUCUUACUAAAUUAGAGCCCCAAUUUCAAAAAGAAUUAGAGAAUUCAGUAUUUCCAAUGACCUUGGAUAUGGCAUUAUUGAUGACAGCCUGUGAGUUUGCGAAGAGAGCAUCCAGUCAUAGAAAAGACAGAAAGAAGAAUACGAGUGAUUUUGACAUUGGUACCUCAAAGAAGAGGGCUACCAAUCUCAACAAGAAGUGCAAGACCAAGAUUAUAAGGGAAAAUAACACCAAUCGAAAAAGUAAUAGAAAAAAGUGUUUUAGUGAAAAAGAACUACUUAUACCCGAUCUCAAACGCCGAAAACAAAGUGAAUGUGGAAUUCAGUUCCCCCUUGUAGUGCCUGAACAUAAAGAGUUCCCGUCAGAGAGGAAAGUAUCUGUUAAUGUAUGUAUAUCGAAAAAUGGACAAUCCAACUUAAGCAAUCCUCCGGACUUUCAUGCAUACCUCAAAGACACUAAAUCUCAGCAAUAUGCAGAUAGCGCAACAUCGAAUCUGAUUAAUAAUAGAUUAAUUUCAUGUACCGCCACUGAUAAACUAAUAGGUGGAAAAGUUGUAACUAUGAAGAAUGAAAAUACCGCUUAUAAUGAGCCUACGGAUGGAAGACCAUCAUCUUUGGAAAAUAGAAACCGCGCUGUGAAAGAAAACACUCUGCAAUUUAUGUCUUCCAAUUCCUUCAAAGAAUGUGGUAAAAUACAUGAUUCAAGGACGAGGAGUAUUUCAGGCGGUAAUAUGACAAUUAGUUCAUCCCAAACAAUGCACAUGUUUUCGCGUCCAGGCUCUCUCGCAAUCGAUCAUCAAGCAAGAAAUAAUGAAGUUAGUAUGAGUAAUCGAAUUAAAGUUGUUGAUAAUUAUAACCCAUUCACGGCGAACUUGAAGGUAUCAAAGAGUUCCAAAAAUGUUCCAGCAUCUAUGAGAAUGGACGACCUAAGCGGUACCGUAGGUCUCAAAAAUGCGCUGAGAACCACAUAUGAAGAGAAUGAGAGUUAUCAGCUAUCAUCCAAAAAAAGCUAUCCGUUAAAUAACUUCGCCGUUCGGACAAGAAAUGCCCAUUUUAAUGACCGUCCUUCUAACUACACAUCAGCGCAUGCGAUUACGAGUGUAACUUAUCCAUCAUCUUCAAGCAUUAGUACUAUUCAAUGCUUCACUAGGCCGAAUAGCAAGGAACCUAGUCCUAAGAAGGUAAUUAUUUCAUCUUGUAUGGUUGCUCAAAAAAAAGAACUGGCGAAUACUAAAAGUAAGGAAGCGAAAAACAGAAGUUCUUUCAAUGAAGUUACGAACCCUUUUCUUGUGAAUGUAAUAGAAAAAAAUAAAUAA